AUGAGAGCUUUGGUACUUUUCCUACUCGUGGCUUUCGCCUCGUGCUUGAGUGCUAAGAACUAUGUACGAGUUUGCUAUCACACGAACUGGUCUCAGUAUCGUCCAGGUGCUGGCAAAUUCUGGCCCGAAACCAUCGAUCCUGAACUUUGCACUCACCUAGUGUACUCUUUUGCGAAAAUCAAUCGAAACACUGACAAACUGGCCAUGUACGAAUGGAACGAUGACAAAUUAUACCCAAGAUUCAACGCAUUGAAACAAAAAAAUCCCAGUCUCCGAACCCUAUUGGCUGUGGGAGGAUGGAAUCAUGAAAAUCACAACAGUCCAUUUUCAAAAAUGGUCAAAACUGCGGCUUCAAGAAAGGUAUUUUCAGACGAUAUUAUCUCUCUUAUCCAACUGUGGACUAGUUACCUGGCUUAAUAGUAUAUUUGCCUAUGCCAUCGGUUUAGGUCAGACAGUAAUAAUGCAGUCUCAGAAUAUAAAGAGAUUACCAGUUAUUUAUCACUAUUAUUGAAAGGCUAUUAUAAAUUUAAUCAUUCCGUUUUUAUCAACACUUAGUAUGAUGGCUUACAUUCGUGCUAUUUGAUUCCUCAGGAGGCAAUAAACCCAAUUAAUUUAUCUUUACUCUCGACAUGUGGUUUCGUACCUCGGUUGCACGCAGCGUCCAACGCCCAAUGUGCAUUUGGGAGGCACGUCCCCUUCUAAGCCUCUUCUAGUUAUGUCUGCUUGUUUUUUUCCUUUAAAUUUUGUUUUUGGUUCAAUUGGUUUUGUUUGCGAUGAAGGAAAUUCGAAUGUUACUGUAACAUUUCAAGAACAGUUUUUUUCGCUACUCACAGUUUUAAUGCCUUGGUGGCCUCGUAUGUUUUCGCCUGCCACUAAUGCAAAUUGCCUUGAUCGGCCUAAAUUCCACAGUUGUUAUAUUCCGAGAAAAAGAGUAAAUAUUUUUAAAAGGAAUAAUAAGAAAAAAAAAUCAGUCGGUGGGACAUGACGUAGAAGACCCAGAGGAAAGUCAGAGAACUUGAGAGUAGUAAAUACUGACUAAUAAAAUGACAAUUUUUUCUUUACGUUCCAGGUGUUUAUAGACUCUGCAAUUGAGAUGUUAAGAAAAUGGGAUUUUGAUGGUCUCGAUCUCGAUUGGGAAUAUCCUGCCACUCGGGGAGGUUCACCGCCUGAGGAUAAGCAGAGGUUUACAGUACUCUGCCAGGAAUUAUUGAAUGCAUUCAAAGCUGAAGCAGCCGAAACGGGAAGACCUCGCCUGUUGCUGACUGCUGCCGUUGCAGCUGGUUAUAAGACCAUCGACAAAGCGUAUGAAGUGGCCAAACUUGGCCCUCUUCUGGACAUCCUCAACCUCAUGACCUAUGAUCUGCACGGCAACUGGGACAAAGUAACCGGACAUCAUACGGCUAUGGUAGGGGAUGACAAACUGACCGUGCCGUAUGCUGUUCAGUACUGGAUUGACAAAGGAUUUCCAGCCAGUAAGAUCGCUCUUGGCCUUGCUACGUAUGGAAGAGCAUUUGCACUGAAAGACCCAAGCAAUAAUGGUCUUGGCGCUCCUAAGCAUGAUUGGCAGAAACCCCACAAAGGUCAAUUUACCCGUGAGGCAGGCUUUCUGGCAUACUACGAGAUCUGUAAGCUUGGCCUGACCGUUGUCAAUAAUAAUGCUGUCAUGGCGCCAUAUGGACACAAAGGCACCAUCUGGGUUGGUUUUGAUGACAAGUACAGUUUGCAGUACAAGGUGGAGGAGUUAAUCAAGAAAAAGGGUCUGAUGGGAGCGAUGUUUUGGGCUCUCGACUUGGACGAUUUCAGUGGCUCCCAAUGUGGCGAUGGCCCAUAUCCCUUGAUGAACGCCGUCAAGAAGUACUUGGGUGGUUAUACACCACCGCCACGUCCCACCGAGCUCACCCCGCCUCCUCAAACUCAACCUCCUCAACUCCAAGUGCCAACCGACGGACCAGGACCUGCUACCCCGAUGCCGCCAACCGAAAAGCCAAGACCUCCUUCUGGGGAUUGCGUCGCUAUUCCACCUUAUGACCAGUCUCCAGGACAGGAUGCAUGGUGCAAAGCUAACUGUGCUGUGGGAUACUGUCCUUCAUCACACUGCAAAUGUGAUUAAAUGGGGAGCACGAUUGCAUAAAGAAGUGAGAAAUGUAAUAGAUUAAAAUAAGAAUGAAUAAAACUACUUGGCAUGA